AUGAUUUCGGUUCACAUGUAUUUCAGCAUCAUUACCGAAUCCCAGCUCGUAUGUGAAUCAUGGGAAGAGCAAGCUUUUGCCGAAGAUGCAGCUGGAGGGCUCGGAGGUUGCACAUGGCCUCCAAGAUCUUACACUUGUAGUUUUUGCAGGAGAGAAUUCAAGUCAGCUCAGGCUCUAGGGGGUCACAUGAAUGUCCACCGCAGAGAUAGGGCUAGGUUAAAGCAGUCUCCAACUCCACAUAUGGAAGUUCUUUCCCGCAAUCACCAGAUUCUGAACCCCUGUGCAUCUUUGGAUUCACCUCAGAUAUGUACUUUCUUGUACAGCCAUGAUUCUAAUGACUCUGAUCAUCGAGUUGUUCUUGCAUCACCUUCAUCGCCUAUUAGGGUUUCAUCAUCUUCACCACCGCCAAAGAUCAUGGAUUGUGAAGAAAAGAUAUUGGGCGCCCCUCAAUUCUUUUCUACUAUCGUCGAUGAAAGUUACCAAAAGAGUAACCUGUCGUCUCCUCAAUCCUGGUCAAACUUGGUUGCAGACAAAUAUUUCCAUGUCCCAGAUUCGAAGAAUGGAGACAAGGGUUCCAAAACGGUUAAGUCAAAUGGUAGGGCUAAUGGAGAACAUGUCAAAGCCGAUUUGUCUGCGAGCUUGAAUUUGCUACUUUGUCGAACCCGUUCAAAUACAUCUGAUGACGCUGAAAACUUUCACACCUAUAAGAGACGGAAAAUGGAUGAAACUUCAGUCACUUUGUUGCCAACAUCAACUCUUGCUGAUAAAAAUGUCUUCUUCAGUCAAAUUUGCCGCCUAAAAUGA